AUGCAAGCAGCCACCGCCUCCAUCCUCGACGUGUCGAGAACGGUGGUGAUCCGCGAGGAGGGAAGCCAACGGCGGAACGAAUCCGCGGGACAAUGCAGCCGGAUAUUUCCCCCUCAUCUUGGCUCAUCACAGAUAAUCUAUGGAAAUGGUACCACUGUUGGCUCUGUAAUUACAUUUCGUUGUUCUGAAGAGCAUCAGCUGAUUGGUCAUGGAGUUGUCACAUGCAUUUGGAAAGAAAAUGCUACACAGUGGACAGGUGACACGCCUUCAUGUAUACCCAUAUCCAAGUAUGAAACCUUUGGAUUUAAAGUUGCCGUGAUUUCUUCCAUUGUGAGCUGUGCCAUUAUACUCCUGAUGUCGAUGGCUUUUGUAACCUGUUGUCUUAUCAAGUGUAUUAAGAAAAGUGAAAGAAGAAGGGCUCAAAGGGAUAUGCAGUUCUGGUACCAGCUGAGAAGUGAAGAGCUAGAAAAUAUGCAAGCAGCUUACUUUGGUUUGAAAGGCAGGAACAACAACAACAACAACAAAAAUAUUAAAACCCAGGCGGAGUCUGAUGGUGGUAGUAAUGUGGCGUAUGACAACCAAGGCUUCUGCAGCUUCAAAGAAGACUGGAUUAGAGACAUGGCACAAACACGCUGUUCUGGAGAAUGUGACUUACAAAAUAAAUCGGCAAAAACCAGUAAUGCACUUGGUAAACAUUUGGCCCCUGGACAUAGUGGUGGUAUACAGAGCAUCCAUACAGUACAUGCGGUAGACGUUUACGGGCAGGAUACAGAUAUCCUUGGAAAACUGCAUACUCACUUACCUGGAUAAACAGCCUCCAACCGUUAAAAGUUGUCUUGGACCAAAGGAAAUUGUGAAUACACAUGCUUACUGAAUGUGCCUUAAAAACAACAUAAAAAUAAAUGUCUGUCCCUCAUGUAUCUGUUGCGGUAAAUGCUAUAAUAUAGCUAUAAUUUAUCAAAUUGCCCAAAAUAUGGAAAAUUAAAUUCAGUGUCACAAAAAAGCAAAAUAAAAUGCAUUUUUUAUAUUUACUAGGGUAGCGCAUGCUUAAAAAACAAUUAAGAAGAAAUUACUUGGAUUUGCACAAACACAGCAGCACCUCCUUUCAUUAAAGAAGCAUAACUUACUCCAGGUGAGCUUCAGUAAAUAGGUGCUGCUGCUUUAAUGAAUGGGAGAGAGGCUGUACUCUGUUCCAAAGCACUUUGGAAUUAUUUUGAUGUUUGUGUGCACCUACAAUUUAAUAUCGAACUACCAUUUCUACACUUUGCUCAAAAAAUAAAAAAGGGAUGACAUCAAGAAAGGAAUUGUAUAUUGUUUUAUGUGCUUCAAUGUUGGCUCUUACCAGUUUGUACCUUUUCUGCAUGUGAAAAUCCUGAUGAUAGUGAGGAUGAAUU